CUCGGCAGCUCUGCGGAGCCCAGCGGGCAGCAACAAGCCCAAGCCGCCCCGGCCGCCCGCCCGCGGCCCCGCCAUGGGAGCCGGGCGCGGGCAGAGCCGAGCCGGGCCGAGCCGCCGCCGGGGCUGAGUGCGGCGCCAGCGCAGGGACUGUGGCUUUACGAAGCGCUUCCCUCCGAUGUGAAUGCAGUGUCCCCUGUGGGAUGCAGUAGGUGAUGCCCAGCUCUACUGCAAUGGCAAUUGGAGCUUUCUCUAGUUCUCUUCUCGUAACCUGCUGCCUCAUGGUUGCCCUCUGUAGCUCCACCGUUCCCGUACAAAAACUGGCCAAGGCUCAAGACAAACAGGAGAUAAAGGCGAGCCAGGAAAAGAGAGAUCACACGUCUACAAGGGACAGCCAGACGGGUCCAGGGAAAAUGAAUGAGAUCGGCAGGAGCGGGAGGGAGGAGGGUGGCAGGGACUGGAAGAGCAAAGGAAACAGGAACUACUCGAACAAGGAGUCUUGGACUAAGCAAAAGCAGGCUUGGAGCAGCCAGGGGACAAGCAGUAAAUCCGGGAGCAUUCAAGUGCAAGAGCAGAGGGAUGCUGCUCCCGAGGAACCUCAGGUGGCUGAAGAUUCCUCUCUGCCAGCCUCUGUUGCGAGCGCCACUGCCGAGCCCCCGGAGGAGUACGCGUACCCGGACUACCGCGGCAAGGGCUGCGUGGACGAGAGCGGAUUCGUCUACGCCAUCGGCGAGAAGUUCGCGCCGGGCCCCUCGGCCUGCCCGUGCCUCUGCACCGAGGAGGGCCCGCUAUGUAUCCAGCCCGAGUGCCCCAGGCUCCACCCUCGCUGCAUCCAUGUGGACACCACGCAGUGCUGCCCGCAGUGCAAGGAGAGGAAGAACUACUGCGAGUUCCGAGGGAAAACCUACCAGACCCUGGAGGAGUUCAUGGUUUCUCCGUGCGAGAGGUGUCGCUGCGAGGCCAAUGGCGAGGUGCUGUGCACGGUGUCAGCCUGUCCCCAGACCGAGUGCGUGGAUCCCGUGUACGAGCCUGACCAGUGCUGCCCCAUCUGCAAAAAUGGUGUCCCAGCAAGCAAAACAGGGUUGAACCUCAGUCUCUGGAGCUCAUGUAGCAUCAAACAACUGGCAGUGGAGAAACCAAGAGAUUUUCUGAUGUGACUGCACAGGGAGUUUGCCCGUAUGGCUGGAGCUGAAGGAAUGAGUGCUGCAGUGCCUCGGGAAGCUGAGCCAGCCAGCAGCGCUUGCCAAGGAGCCUCUGUGGCACCAGGAAGCUGCUUUCACACAGAGCAGGGUAGAAGCAAAUCCUCUCUAAGCCACCUUGGAAUUUAAAGGACAUACAUUAGUAUGUGGCAGUGUCAUAGUCAGGUGUGCCCUCACGAGGUCAGGGACAACUCUGUUAAGCAGUGGAAAUGAGGACAAAAGCAGCAGCAGAGAGUUGGAGCAUCAGAGUUGUCAUUCAUUAUCUCUUCAAGUCAUCUUUGGAUUACUGAUAAUUAGAGGAUGUGUUGACUCAUUUGCCUGUGCUGUGAAGCUGACGUUUAUUUGAAAAGGAAAUAAAGUGACCUCUCAGAGAGGGGGUGCUGGCUGCUCUCAACUGGGGGUUGCCACUGUGAGAAUCAGGUACCCAGGCAUUUAGGAUUGCACAUCUGUUCUUUGCUGUAGCUCUAAUGUG